UACUGGUGUCCUUUCCUAGGAGGAGGUCUCACCAAAACAUCCCCAUAGAACAAGGAAUCAACAAAACCAUGCAACGGAGCUUGUCAAGAUGGUGCUAUCUCACAAGGAAGGUGUUAGCAAGGAGCCAUGGUGAUUGGCUGAAGCUGAGAAGGCCCCACCAAGUGGGCUUGUUCACAAGUAACGCCAACCUGGGUCCUGCAGAAAAGGACCCCAAGAGUCAUCAGCUUCUCAAGGAGUGGACCUUGACCGUCAGUCCUUUCGGUCUUCUGAAGGCCCGUCUCCCUUACCACAUAACCGUGGGUCCCCUGGACGCCCAUCAGUACCCCGAUUCUGACAAGGUGUUUGUGGCCCUGAAGGGGAAGGGUUCGAAAGCCGACCCUGCCUCGCAUCUGCUUGUGAACUAUGACGAGGCCCGGAAGGAGGUGGUCAUAGUCUCCGACGGCGUGGACGGUGCAGCUUCUCUGGAUGUGAGGACGCCGGUAAAAUUUGACUUGGAUAUCAAGACAUCGGGAAACGGCUGUGUGAAGGUUGAACAGAUGGAAAGCGCUAACUGCCAAGUAGAAACAGAGAAGGGAGCGAGUAUCUUUAAGUCAAUAAAGAGUCAGAAAAUUGAUAUCCGGGCAAAAGGAGGGGAUGUGAUCUGCUUGGGAACUCUUCAAGGAAAUAUCAAUAUUCUCGUGUCACAAGAAAGCAGUGUGAACGCAGAAAAGCUCCAAGGAUCAUCUAUUCACAUUGCGAGUGAGAACGGUCUGCUCAAAGCUAAAUAUUUGUACGCGGACUCUUCGUUUCUGACUUCAGCGGCUGGCGACAUUUUACUGGGGAACGUCCACGGGGAUAUUACCUUGGAGACUAAAACAGGGAGCAUAAUCAUUGAUUCCUCCCAAGGAUCUUUAAAAGCCUGCACGUAUCAAGGGGAGAUAGACGCCUACGUUCUGCGUCAAACCGGAGCGGUAAACCUGGUUUCCCAGGAAGGCUCCAUUGCUGUCAAGGUACCUGCAACUCUUCAAGCUUCCCUGAAAUUAUCCGGAACGAAGGUGGAAAUCAGUCCAGAGAUCCAAUUGCAGGAGAUCCAGACUGUGUUGAGGGAAGACCGUGUCACAGUGACUGGCCACCUGGAUCAAAAGGAUGAAAAAGGGAAAUGCAUUAAAGCGGAGACGCAGCGUGGCACAGUAACUCUCAAAAUGCAAAGCUGGUUCCAGUCUUUGAAGCUGAAUAUUCCUUGAUAAUACUUCGUUUUUUUAAACAUAGACAGAAGAAUGAAAGGCGAUUGCUCGUAUUUCCUGAUAAAGAAAGUGCGAAUGUUACUUCUCUG